AUGAUGGCUCGACAAGUGCCGGAAGCUGAAGAGAAUUUAGGGCACAAAAUCCAAUACGAUCCAAUUUUUGAUGGGCCCCUGAAACGUCGAUCAUGCACUGACGUCAUUUGCCUACUAUUUUUUCUCGUUUUCAUAGUAGGAUGGGCGGCAAUAGGUUUUUGGGCUGUAAAAGAAGGCGACCCUUCAACUUUACUAACUCCAAGUGAUUCUUCAGGGCUGAGAUGCGGUCUCGAUCCUUUAGUCGAACAUAAGCCUUUUUUGUUCUUUUUCGAUCUUACCAAGUGUAUUGACCCUUCAGUGCCGUUUUUAGGAUGUCCCACUACACAGGUUUGCGUUGAAACUUGUCCCAGUACAACCUUUUACACUGGCCAAAACGAAACUGCCGCAAUCCCUUACUGUACCUACAAGCAAAGGGCCACAAACCAAUACAACUCAACCUAUUGUCCGACAUGGUUUUUACCAAGUGAACAAUUCUUCAAAAGGUGCAUUUACAAUGUGGCCGAUAGAAAACGCCUCAAAAUAGCCUCAAUAAUUGAGGGCGACGAAAUAAGCCGUCUCAAAGAGUACCUGGACCCGGUACAUUUGUUUGUGCACAACGCACUCAGUCUUUUUAGAGUUAAGAACGAUUCAAACCUACACAAGGUUGCAGAUCAAGUAAUCGCCGACAUUAUGAGCUCUUGGUGGAAAAUUCUCCUAGGAGUAGGCCUUGCACUUGUUGCCUGUAUCAUUUAUAUCUUGAUGCUCAGGUGGGUUGCUGGUUUCAUGGUUUGGCUAUCUAUUGGUGGAGUUUUAGCUGCUUUGUCUGCAGCUUCCUAUUUCUCUUACGUCGCCUGGCAAAAAUGGAAAAAAGACUACGAAACAAACGGUGAUGUUAACCGCCUCAAAACUAAACGAGACUUAUUUUUGGGGAUUUUCAUAAUUGUAGUAGCCUUUUUGGCCAUUAUUCUAUUGAUAUUGAUUUUCUUGAGGAAGAGAAUAGUUUUGGCCAUUGCUUUGAUCAAAGAAGGAAGCAAGGCUGUAGGAUCAGUAACAUCUGUACUUUUCUUUCCUAUAGUACCUUGGCUGAUGCAAAUUGCUGUUGUAGCCUACGCAAUUUGUGUAGGAGUUUUUCUAGCAACCACCGGAGAACCCCUUUACCAAUACAGACAAAUAAAUCCAGAAUGUAGAGCUGCUACAGGAUGGACUGUUGAAACAGCUUGUAAUCCAAACAAUUUCACCAUCACAGAUCCUACAUGUGUAAAUGCCACUUGUAAAUUUGCCAAAAUAGCUAACGAAGCUUAUUAUCCAUAUUUGCAAGCCAUCAAUGUCUUCGGCUUCUUUUGGCUGGCCUUUUUUGUGUCGGCUCUGGGCCAAAUGGUACUGGCCCAAGUGUUUGCCCAAUGGUACUGGACCAUGAAAAAACGUCACUUGCCAUUUUUUGCUUUGACUUCUGCCUUUUACAGAACCAUCAGAUAUCAUUUAGGCACCUUGGCGUUUGGUUCGUUGAUAAUAGCCAUUUGCCGAAUGAUAAGGCUCUGUUUGGAAUAUCUGGAUCGCAAGCUGAAAAAAUACGAUAAUGAAAUCACUAAAGCAAUAAUGUGCUGCCUGAAAUGCUUUUUCUGGUGCCUGGAAAACUUUCUCAAGUUUAUCAAUAAAAAUGCUUACAUUAUGUGUGCAAUACAUGGCAAAAACUUUUGCGGCAGUGCCAAAGAUGCUUUCAUGUUGCUAAUGAGGAAUAUUGUUAGGGUUUUUGUCCUGGAUAAGGUUACAGAUUUUCUAUUCUUUUUGAGUAAACUACUGGUGACUGUAGGCAUAGGGGCUGUUGCCUAUUUGUUCUUCGCCACCAAUAUGAUCAGUUUCAUGGAUAAUUCACAAUUGAACUACGGCGAAGUUCCAGUAAUAAUUAUAAUGAUUGUUACGUAUUUGAUUGCCAGUUUGUUCUUCAGCGUCUAUAGUAUGGCUGUAGAUACACUUUUCUUGUGCUUUUUGGAAGAUUCUGAGAGGAAUAAUGGCAAGGACAAGCCGUAUUAUAUGUCGAGGAAUCUUAUGAAGAUAUUUGGGAAAAGGAAUAAACAGCAUGAGGGUCCUAAGAUAGAAUAG